AUGUUUCGCUUCCUUCCCCUUUUAAAAAGUCAACCGCCUUUCAUCAUAUGCAAAGCUAAUUGGCAGAAUUUUGUAAAGUCCAAUGCAUUGGCCGUCAUUGAGAAGCAAUGUGAGAUGUACUGUCCUAAGCCGAGGUUUCCUCCAAGAAAGGUAGCAGUAGUUGGCGCAGGCACCGAUGUCGGCCGUAUCGCAUCACUCUUUCUAAAGCAGCAGAAAGUUAUAAAAACUCUAGCCCUUUACGAUGAUCACCCUGAACACAACGUGUGUGGAGUUGCCAAUGACCUGGCUCACAUCGACACUAGCAGUGAAAUUGAGGCCUAUCAGGGAAAGAUGUUUCUGAAAGAUGCACUUCACGACGCAGAUGUAGUAUUAAUAUGUGGAGGAUGCUGCAUUCAGCCUCCAUGCUGUAACAGUCUGGACCGUGAUCUGUUCUUUUACAACAUGCAACACGUUAGAACAAGUACGCUUGCGUGUGCGCAGUUUUGUCCUCAAGCUAUCCUUGCUGUUCAGACGCCACCAGUAGAUUGCAAUUAUGCGUUAUGUGCUCAUACUCUCAAAGUCGCAGGCGUGUACGAUAAGCGAAAAGUAUUAGGAGUGAACGCGAUUAACGCUAUGAGAGCCAAUCAGCUAUUCUGCUCAAUCACUGGCGCUGAUCCAUCCAAAAACCAAACCCCAGUGAUCUGCGGGACCGGCAGAUGUACCAGGGUACCAGUAUUCUCUGCUGCUAAGGCGGGAAAUUUUCCUCAGACCCAAGUGGAUUGUUUGACUCGUCUGGUGCGAGAGGCUGACGAAAUCAUUUGCAAAGUGAAAAGCAACACAGAGCAGGGACAUCUCUCUAUUGGCUUCUCAACGGCCCGAUGCGUUAUCAAUAUUAUGCGGGGUCUUUUCGAGGGACCGACAUUUAUAGAUAGCGCGCUGGUCGAACAAGGUGAUCCAGGAAAAUGUUAUGGCAUGCCAAUAUGUGCUACCCCUAUCACAGUUGGCAAAAAUGGUGUUGCGGGUUAUGCUGUUCCCAAUCUUAACGAAUUUGAGAAGCGGCUCUUGGAGGAUUCCAAAUGUGACUUAGAAGAUAUGUUAAACCUAGGCCGUUGUUACGCGGUGGGUGACGAGUAUUAUCUACAUCCGCAAAAAACGUGUCCGUGUAUCGAAUGGCGACCCUGUCAAGUCUGCGAACCGAAAAAGGCCGUCAGGCAGAAAUAG